AUGGCGGAUCUGCAAACUGUUGCCAUUGCCGGUGCGUCGGGCAACUUGGGCUCCAAGAUUACGGAAUCUAUUCUUCAGUCAUUGUACAAGAAUAAGUUCAAGCAGAUUAUCAUUCUGGCGCGUUCUCAGUCGGCUGCCGUUGAGCGACUUGCAUCAAUGGGUGCAAUCGUGAGAAUCUACUCGGAGAAAAACCUCACCAGAGUUCUAUCCGAUGUUGAUGUUUUAAUUAACACAGUCGGCCCGGCUGGACACCAUUUCAAGGAACAGCUACUACACGCCAUUCUAGAAACUCCAAUCAAGCUGUACUUUUUGUCCGAAUUUGGUGUCAAUCACUAUAUCCACGACUUUCCUCAUCAAGAGUGGGAUGAGAAAAAAGCUCACUUUCAGCUUGCGCAAAGCCUCCUAGGCUCCCGCGUACAAUUGUGUCGAGUUUAUGCCGGGCUUUUUCUCGAAGACUCCAUCGGCCCGUGGUUUGGCUUCUUUACCAAGGAUGCAAAAUACGAGGCUGUCGGAUCUCCCGAGCAGCGCACAUCCUACACAAGCAUGUACGAUGUCGGCAAGGCGCUGGCCAUGCUCGCAUCGAGCCCCCACGCCUCCGUUCCGUCCGAGGUGCAGCUCAGUGGCGAUUCGAAAUCCAUGACGGAAAUCGCGCAGAUCAUGGAAGCACAUGGCUCGCCCACCAUUCAAGUGACCAGUGUACCGCUCCCACCUUUCAAAGACAAAGUACUAGCGGAACCUAUCCAGACGCCGGAGCGCAAUUUGCGCUUCUUGAUGGGAGACGGCAAGAUUGAUCACUCGCUACAAGGCAUGGGCAAUCAGAAUAGUGUAAUUGAAAAUGCGCAAGACGGCGACUUUACCUGGAGAAAAAUCGAGAGCAUAGCAGAGGCGACCAAAGGGUUGCCGUGGGCUGACACACCAUGGGCUGAGGCAUGA